UUUGUUACAGUGAUUAGUUCAGUUGAUAGUUUUCAAGAAGUUAUCAACCCUCCAACUAGUCAGUACAGUCAGAUAACUGGAGUAGAUUUAUCCAAGACACAGGCAACGAAACUCACAGAGAUUCCUUUCGAGAUUGAUUCUGAUACUAUUCAUAUCAAAGUUGAUAAAGGAAAUAAGCCUGAACCGACAGAACUUGCAGUACCUACUCCUACAGAAUUAUUGUCAGCAGGAAUAGAAAAAGUUGCCAAGGAGUUUCCUGCUGCGCCUGACACAUUUCUUGAAAGUAAUCAAAUAUCUCGUGCAAUACAAGCCCAAGUCAAGUUAACACAAAGUUUAGUCAGCUGUCUUCGCACUAAUCAACCUGAUUCUAAGAUGAAAGAUAUUAAUCUUAAUAAUAAAUCUACUGACUCCGACUCUGCUAAUGGCAAUAGUACAGAUGUGACAAAGAUUGAGACUAAAGAAGAUAUAAAUAAAAAUGAAAAACUUGUGAAGAAUACUAAGAAGAAAUCUGUAAAAAUGGCCAACAGUGAUGCAAAUGUUACUGAGACAGUAUCAUAUGAAAAUGGUAAAAAUGAGACUGAUAAAGUAAGUAAUAUAGAACAGGAGCAGAGUUUGUUAUCAUCAAAGGAAGAAGAGGCUGUGUCUAAACCCACUGAAAUAGCUGUUACUCCUGUGGUAACCAAGUUUACACCUAAACACAAUUAUAGUGAAGAUCAGUGGUCUCCAUUAAAUAAAUCAGGCAAAAGAUGUUAUGAUCUAGAGUUGCUAAAACAAAUCAAAGACGAUCCUCUUUCCAAAAACAAGCCUAACAUACCUCUUUUAGAGACAUGCAAUAUUGUCAGAUCAACUCCAACAUAUGAAAAUAUGCCAUUCGCACCGAUACAACAGAGGCCCAUUAUUAGCGAUACGUUUAUGCCUGCAUUUGGAAAAGGCCCAAAUUUAGUGGGUGUUAUUAGAAGUACUGGUCCUCGUGAUGUUAAGAAAGAUAGCAGAAAUAUGUCAUUGGGAGGCAAAGGAAGCAUGAAAUCAAGUACGAGCCAGAGUGGUAAUAGUGGUGCCAAAGUUAUUCACGUGGUGACAUUAUCGCGUGAAGAGGUGAAGUUAAAUGAAGUUGACUCAGCAUGGAAACCAUCUAGAUUUAGGAAAGAAACUCUUACUGAGGAUGAUUAUAAAACACAAGAUUUGUAUAAGAAGUUCAGAGGAAUACUUAAUAAAUUGACCCCUCAAAAGUUUGACACUUUAUUAGAGAAAGUGAAAACUCUCAAUAUUGAUACACAAACACGUCUCGAGGGUGUCAUUGACAUUGUUUUUGAAAAGGCUAUAGAUGAACCUAAUUUCUCGGAAGCCUAUGCAGCGAUGUGUAACAAACUCUCAAUGCUCAAGGUACCUGCAGAUAAAGCAAGUGCUCCUAACCAAUAUGUAAAUUUUAGAGCACUUAUUAUCAGCAAAUGUCAGAAUCAAUUUGUAACUAAGAAAGUAGAUGAGCAAGUUCUGAAAUUAGAGAAAGAAAAAGCUGAAUGUAAUGAUCCUAACAAAAAGAAGGAACUGCAAUUGAUGCUUAAGGAAGAAAAUAGGCGAGCCAGGAUGCGUUCAGUUGGGAAUGUCAGAUUCAUUGGUGAAUUAUAUAAAUUAAAAAUGCUUACAUCUAAAAUAAUGGUAUACUGUAUGAACCAUUUGAUAGAAGAUGUAUUAGAGGAAGAAAACCUUGAAUGUUUAUGCAAACUGCUUACUACAAUUGGGGAACAAGUCGAGAGUGAAGCAAAAACCCAAUUGGAUUCUGUAUUUGAGAAAAUGCAGAACAUAAUUUAUGGCCGUAAAAGCAACAAAAUUAGUAGUCGUGUUAGAUUCAUGAUUCAGGAUGUAAUUGAAUUAAGGAAACGAAGAUGGGUUGUUAAGAGUGUAGUAGAUUCACAACCUAAAAUGAUGGAUCAAAUUCAAAAAGAAGCUGAGCAGCAGCAACGUGAAAUUGAGUUAAAAAACGCCAACCCUAUGGGUGGUUUCCGAAAUCGUGAUGAAGGUGGUCGUGGCAAACGUGGUGAAGGCAGAAGACAGAACUCUAAUUCCUUCCAAAUGGAUAAUAGCAAUAAUUGGACACAUACCAAACGUUAUACAAUAGAUACUUCCAAGUUAAAAGCUGUUAAUUUAACAAGUAAUAAAAAUUUAAGUACUGUUAAAUUGGCUCCUCCUGCAUGGAGCCCUGCAUUCAGUACUAAAACUGCAGCACAAAUUAGUAGUAACAGCAUGGUUGGUCUUACUAACAACAAGUAUAGUGUUUUAGAAAUGCAGCCAAACGAUUCUAGUCCCAUCAAAGGAAGCAAAGAUACAUCCCCAACCUAUCAGGCAAAAGGUGCUUCCAUUGAGAGGUCGACAUUUACUAGAAGUGAUUUCAGCAGCGGCAGCGGCAGCCGUCCAGGUUUAGUGGGUACAGCUCUAUCCAGCUCGGGUAGUCGCAGCGUAAGCGCUGCACCUCCUACCCCACCAGUCAUUGCUGAGAUUCCAGGACCUGUUACAGCAGCUGUUCCACAGGAUCCACUGCCAGAAAACAAGAAGAAGUCUGUUCAUGCAAUGAUUAACCUCGCUCUUUUGAACCCUGUUGACGAUGAGUUGAUACAUGAAAUACAAAGAUUUGAUACAAGAAAUCAUGCUGCAGUUGUUACGGAAAUACUCAACAUGGCACUGGAGAAAUCCCAGAAAGAAAUAAACACUAUAGCGAAGUUACUCUUACAUUUGGUUUCAACAAAUACUAUCUUACCAGUUCAUUUUGAAUUGGGCAUAACAGAAACUUUAGAAUUUGCGCCUGAUUUGUAUAUUGAUAUACCCAUGUUAUAUGAAUAUUUAGGAGUGAUCAUUGCGCCGCAUAUUGAAAAGAGGCACAUCACACUACUUCAAGUGUUUAGGCUUUCUGAAAAUAUUAAAUCUGCGAAACAAGGACAUUUACUACUAAAAGCAAUAAUAAGAGAGUUAAGAGAUAGCAUGGGACCUACUUUUGCAAAAAGUAAAUGGCUGGAAUCCAAUCUUCAGUUUAAUCAAUGGAUGCAUGAUGACCAGGUAACGUCAUGGCUAGCAGAUAAUAAAUUUGAAUUUUUGGAAGGAGUUACAAAAUCUGAAGAUUCAAAGAAAAUAUUAACUCCAUCUGAGACACAGAAGAAAUUACUUCAACUUCUGAAUUCAGAUGAGAAUUGCGAUUGUAUAAAAGGCUGGGUACAUGAUAACUUGGGCAAGUCGUCGACUGAAGAUUGGUUUAUGAGGUCUCUAAUUCAAGCCAUUUGCGAACAUGCCUUAUUUGGCCCUGAAGGGCGCGAUAUACCUCAUUUUAAUCAAGAACGUAUGAAUAAAUACGCUGGACUUAUAAACGAAUUUGGUGAAUCGAAGAACGCGAGAGAAGCUAGUUGUUUAGUCGGAAUACAACAGCUCAUACACAGGCUAGAACACCCACAAGGGUUGACAUUGCAAAUUUUCCAAUAUUUGCAUGAACAAUAUAUUAUUACAGUAGAAGGAUUUGUAGCUUGGGAGGAAUCUGAACUAGAGCCUGAAGGCAAAGGAGUAAUGAUGAAGGCGCUCACGUCGUUCUUCACGAACAUUAAGGAGGCGGACGAGGCCGACUCGUGCAGCGAGGACUGACGCGGGCCUCCAGCUGCGGCAGUGCUGCCUCGGUCACCGCCGCCGCCGCCGCCGCCAUCCUCCACUUCUACUCUGGCGCUCGCGUCCGAUUCACCCGCUUAUAUCUUCUAUAUUUUUAUAUAUUAGAAACAUCCUACGUGGAACUCAUAGAAUAUUUUAUAUUAACUAUUAUAGUAAUGCUUAAUCUAACAGAAGCUAGAAGAAAGAUGUAUAAUAUUUUUUAAAGCGAUUGUUAUUUAUCAAGACAUCAAUGACAAAACCAGAAUAAAAUGGGCUUUUCCAUUAAUAUAAAUAUAUUUUAUUGUUCAAUAGAUAUUUGCAUUGAUUCACUUCUUUUAGUAAUCAGAAAAAUAACAAUGUACCAAAAUUAUAAAUUUUAUAUUUGACUAUUAAUAAAAUUUUUGGACUUAUUAUGGAAAAUUUCUGAUCAUAAAUACUGUUGAUAUAUUUAAAAAUUGCAAUACUUUUGGUCACUUGCAUUGCUUUUCAACAGAACUUUUAUUUCUAUAAUUAUACUGGUCUCAUUAAAAGUUUUAUAUUGUGAUGUCAUAUUGUAACUAUUUUAUCCUAUUUUUCUAUUAAAUAUUUUAUUACUUUAUAAAGUUUGUAAGUUUUCGUGACUAUAACUAUUACAAUUGAACUGACAAAAUAAUUAUUUCGUUUUCAAUUUUACAAUACUAGUGUAUUUGACGCCCACAUGUUAUUUUAUCAGAAGUCUUUUGAUAUCAUUUGAAUUUUUAUGCCUACAAUUUACUACGUUUACAUUAUGGUGUAAAGGAUUUUUAUAAACGCUAUGUAUUAUUUAAAAACGGCAUGUCUUAUAUUUGUUGGAAGUUUAACUGGCCAAAAGUAUUUCAAUAACUUACUAAAUUUCAGUACAAAAGAGUUCUUUCAGAAUUAUGUUAUUAAUAAAUUAUAGUUAUCUGAUCGUAUCACAAAAUUAUGUAGGUUUAUAGAAAAAAUUAUGUAUCAUAUUUUAUUAUAUUAACAAUCAACCUGCUAAUGAUAAGUUUAAGACAUAGUUAAAUCGACAAAAUAAUAUUUUCUAAGGCUUAUUCUCUGUUAGCCAGAUGAAUAUAUUAUUUUCUUCAUUUAUUGCAAAAGGGACGUAUCUAUUCACUAUUUUAUUUAACGCAAGUUAUAACUUGUAUGACUUGUAACAUGGGUAGCAUGUUAAGUUUAUUUUAUAUUAAUUUCGUUGUGACAACUGUUAUCUGGCCAUCAGAGAAUACCCCGCACUAAGCAAUACAGAAAUCAAAGUGAUUCAUAUAAAAAGACUAGCAAUGAUAAUGGAGUACCUAAUUAGUAAUUAUUAGUGCUAUAUAUUUCAUUUUGUACUUUAUACAAGUGCUUAUGAAUUAUAAUGCGGAGACUUACAAUAGUUAAAUCUGUGUGGCAACUAAAGCACCAAUAAUGUAAUCCUAAGCAAUAAUCAUGUAUCAUAAUCAAGAGUUUAAUAAAUAUAUAAAUUUAAUAAAUAUAUAGAUAAAACUAGAUGACUGUAUUUGCUAUAUGGUGUUGUAAUUAGGCAUGGAUUUUAUUAAUCACGUGAUU